CUAGUUAGAAAAUAAGAAGCAUCGCAGAAUUUUCUUUCACAAAGUUUGUAAACAAUUUGGGUGAUUUUUGUAAAAUAUCAUUAAAAAAUGAAAAUAACACAAAAAAUAGAAUUCGAUGAAGAUGUAUCGUCGAUUUGCGAAUCUACGGCUGCGCUUACCGAAGGAUGUCGUUUACCGGUACGUAUGCACAAAACUGAAGACUGGCCACUCGCUGAAGUUGUAAGCAUCAAAGAUCACGAUGGGAAAAGGCAGUUCUAUGUGCAUUAUGUUGAUUUUAAUAAACGUCUCGAUGAAUGGGUGACGGAAGAGGAUGUAGAUACACGCAAGGUACAAUUCCCAAGACGUGACGGCACACAGACGGGCGCUAGCACAGGCGUAACUACACCGAAGAAACAUCAUUCAUCAGUGCCAGGUAGCGUUUCAAGACCAACAUCACCACAACCAACUGCCAGCAAUGAAAUGGUAAAUGGCAAUGCAGUACUAGCGGCAGCGUUGCAAAAGAAAAUUAACCGCAAAAGAAAGCUCAAUUCCGUACCUGCACCACCUGCCGUUGCUGUGCCUGAAACACCGCCACCCAUAAUAACGCCCACGCCAGUAAUACCACCUACGCCUACACCCACCACACCAGCACCCAUAACUGUGGUGGAAGAAGCUUCACAAGACGGCAAAACUGCAACACCACGCCAAUCAGGCAGCAUGGUCAUACACCAGGAUGACGUAGUGACGCGUAUGAAAAAUGUUGAAAUGAUUGAAUUGGGAAAGCAUCGUAUAAAGCCUUGGUAUUUCUCACCAUAUCCACAGGAACUAUGCCAAAUGCCAUGUAUUUUUAUAUGUGAGUUUUGCUUGAAAUAUCGCAAAAGUCGUAAAUGUCUGGAACGUCAUUUGGUAAAAUGUAAUCUACGACAUCCACCUGGCAAUGAGAUAUAUCGCAAACACACAAUUUCCUUUUUCGAAAUUGAUGGUCGUAAAAACAAAGUAUAUGCUCAGAAUUUAUGUCUUUUGGCUAAAUUGUUUCUGGAUCAUAAAACCCUCUACUAUGAUACUGACCCUUUUCUAUUUUACGUUAUGACCGAAUUCGACUCACGCGGCUUUCAUAUUGUUGGCUACUUCUCUAAGGAAAAGGAGAGCACAGAGGACUAUAAUGUGGCGUGCAUACUUACAAUGCCACCAUAUCAGCGUAAAGGUUACGGCAAAUUACUAAUCGAAUUCAGCUAUGAGCUAUCGAAAUUCGAAGGAAAAACUGGCUCGCCUGAAAAACCUUUGUCAGAUUUAGGUCUACUUUCUUAUCGUUCUUAUUGGGCACAAACAAUUUUGGAGAUUUUUAUAAGCCAAAAGCCGAAUAGUGAUGGUGAAAAGCCUACCAUUACCAUCAAUGAUAUCUGUGAAUGCACUUCUAUAAAAAAGGAGGAUGUUAUAUCAACAUUACAAAAUUUAAAUCUUAUCAACUACUACAAAGGACAAUAUAUAGUCUGCAUCAGUCGUGACAUUAUUGAUCAACAUAAGAAGGCAAUGGAUAAAAGAAAAAUACGCAUCGAUUCCAAAUGUCUACAUUGGACGCCCAAAGAUUGGUCUAAGCGCUCCAAGUGGUAAAUUUUAAGCUAUUGCAUUUUAAGUUAAACGAUUAUUUAUAAUUAUCACCAUACAUACUAAUUAAGAGAUAGACACAUAUUUAUUUUAAACACAAACAAAUUUUCCAACCUUAUGUGCAUUAGUUAUCCUAUUACCAAAGUAUUAUAUGUUGAUUUUCCCCACCUUUAUUUAUUCUCUCUUUUCCGCUCCACCGCUGAAAAUGAAAGAAACUAUGAUUGAAUCGCGUACGUGUUUGUAGAUAUGCCAUCCUUCCACCAAUCAUACAGUCCAAAUCAGCACGCUAUUAAUAAAAUGAAUCCAAUUAAUUUCAAAUUGGUAGCCAAAUACUGCAA